AUGGCUCCUAGCACUGUGGAGGGGGUGCGAGACGUUGAUGUGCUCAAGCCAGGAGAUAUCUUGAAGCAAAUAGACGGCGACAACGAAAGGGGAACUUCGGGCGACUUCGAGGUCGUCGAGAAGGCGGAGGGAACCUCGACCAACGGUGCCUCAGGCGAAAUGAUUACCGACGAGACCGUUGUGCAGCUUCAGGAGCUGCUCAAGAAUGCCUUCUUAGGCGGUGCUGUGUUCGAGUCGUGGGUGGGCCAGGCGAGCAAGCUGCUGGCUGCAGGCUAUAUCAGCUAUGAGGCCGGCGGCCCCAAGGAGGCCUAUUUCUCCAAGGAAUCACAGCAAUCGCUCCACGAUGUCCAGCAGAAGCGCAUUGCGCUGCUGACUAAGAUUGUGGAGAAGCGCAUCCAGCCAUUCGUGGAUGGGGACAGGGAGGGCUUCAAGAAGGAGAUCCAGCGCGAAGCCGACAAGCUCGCAUCGACCCCCUUUGGCGUCCCUCUCAUGCACAUCAUCGCGUAUGGGUAUGCGCGUGCGGCCAAACCCAUGUUAGGCUAUGCCAUUGCAGAGUUCUUUACGCGACUGGGCCACAAAGUCACAGGCUCGGCGUCAGGGCUCGUGGCCAAGGCUUCUCUGGCGCUCAUGGGCCGCGAUGUGAGCAAGGCGGGGUCCGGGCCGGGUGGCCAGAUGACACUGGCAGAGAGCCUCGAGUACCUUGAAGACCGCAUGGGCUGGGCUAUUUCCCACAUCUGGCACCUGGUGACGCAGGACAUUGAGAACACUCUGAAUGACGUGGGUUCCAAGGUGGUCCAUGACAAGGGUGUGGAUGACCUUGUGCAGCACCGCCGUGCAGAGGCCCUCUAUGAGAUCUCCCAGAUCUUCGGGAGCACCGAGCGCAAGUAUGAGGAAGUCAUGGAGGCAUCAAAGCAUGCGAAGGCAUCAGGCACCACAGGCGCUGCCGGGAAGUCAGCUGGCAUCGAUGUGGACGCCAAGCAGGCUGGGGGCCAGGCCGGCGAGGCAGCCGGGCAGGCCUACGGGCAGGCGCAGGAGGCCGUGGGUAAAGCCAGGCAGGAGGGCAAGAAGCGUGUUGGGCCAGCAGGCGACGCUGCAAAGCAGGGAGUGGAUCAGGGGCAGCAGGGAUUCGAGCAGGGCGCCGACCAGGCCGCCCAGACCGCUGCACAGCAGGUAAGGGACAAUGCGGAGCCGGCAGCGCAGGCAGCGGCCGACCAGGCGCUGCGCCCGGCUGGAAAAGCCGUCGCCAAAAACGCGGAGCCUGCCGCCAAGCAGGUCACAGACGGCGCGCUGCGUCCGGCCGGCAAGGCCGUGGCCGACAAGGCUGUGGAGCCAGCAGUGAAGGACGCUGCCUCCCAGGUUGAGCCGGCGACUAAGGAGGUGACUGAUGGCACCAUCCGCCCGGCGGGUGACUACAUCGCCAAGAAUGCUGUCCCUGCCACCAAGGCCCUCGGUGAGGAGCGCAUCCAGCCAGCAGUGGACAAGGUGGCGUCCCAGGUGGAGCCAGCAGCAAAGGACAUCACUCAGGGCGUCAUCCGUCCCGGCGGCGAGAAACUUUCCAAAAACGCUGUACCUGUCACAGAAGAGAUCACUCGCGGACGCAUCGAGCCGGCAGUCGACCAGGUGGCGGCUCAGGCGAAGCCGAUUGCAAAGGACAUCACAGACGGCGUCAUCCGUCCGGGGGCGACCCAGGUGCGGCAGACGGCGGAGCGCUUGGGCGAUGAUGACCACAGGCAGCGCGUGCAGGCAGCAACCCAGAAGCUGGCCGAGCAGGCGGAGCCCAUUGCCAAGGACAUCACCAGGGGCGUGAUCCAGCCGGGCGCUGAGCUUCUCGCACAGAACGCAGUCCCUGUCACCGAGCAGGUGUUGGAGGAGAUUGUGAAGCCGGCAGGCAAGGACGCAGCGGGCCUGCCGAGCGAGAUGGUGCAGAACCUGUCCAAGGACGUGGUGUCCCCUCUGGCGCAUGACAUCGCUGAGAACGCACGCCCCCAGACCGAGGAAUUCAUCGAGAAGGUGCUCAAGCCCGCGGUGGCGGACCUGACCGCCACCAUGCAGUCCCAGGCCGAGGAGAUUGCCGAGAAGGGAGGCAAGCUGGCGGAGGGUCUCCCGCGCGCGUUGCGCCGCGCGGUGCGUCUGAACCGCGUCCCGGACGACCUGAAGCCCGACCUGCUCUUCCUGGCGCAGCUUCUGGACCCCCUGGUCGCCUCUGCAAAGGCGGCUGCUCCCGAUCUGCCGGCCAAGGCGCGCGCGGCCGCGAAGAAGAUCCACGAGAACGAGGCGCAGGCCUACGAGGAGCUGGAGAAGGCAGCAGACAAGGUUGCUGAGAACGCAGAGCCCAUGGCGCAGAAGGCCACCGAUGCAGUGCUCGAGCAGACCGACAAGAUCGCGGCCAAGGGAGGCGAGGCAGGUGAUGCGGUGGCAGAGAGGGCAACAGAAAUUGCUCAACAGGUCGCAGAUCAGGCAGAGCCCAAGGCGGCAGAUCUGAAUCGAAAGAUCGAGGCUAAGGCCGCUGACAUCAGCGCCAAUGCAGAGUCCUUCUCCCGUGACGUGGCCACUGAGUACCAGAAGACCGCCAAGAAUGUGGCAAAGCACGCGGAGCCGGCGGCCGAUGAGGUGUCACAGAACAUUGAGGAGGGAGCCAGCAAGUUUGCAGAGCGCGCCGGGCCUGCCACAAGAGAGAUCACAGAUCGCGCAGUGGACGCUGCUAAGGAUGUGGCCAAGAACGCAAAGCCCACUGCUGACAAGCUGUCCAGCGACAUUGAGGCCAAGGCCAAGCAGGUUGCCAAGGAGGCACCCGAGCAAACAAAGCAGGCGCGGGCAUCUGCCGAGAAGCAGGCGCAGAAGGUUGCUGACAAGGCCAAGCCCACAGCCGAGGACGCCUCAAAGACCCUUGAGGACACUGCCCGCAAUGUUGCAAAGAAUGCACCGCGCAAGGCAGAGGAGGCUUCAGAGAAGGCUGAGAAUGUGGCAAAGGACGUGGCUGACAAGGCCAAGUCGACCACAGAAGAUGCCUCCAAGAAGAUCGAGGGCGCUGCCAAGGAGGCUGCUGACAAGGCAGAGCCUGCUGCAGAGGAUGCCUCCAAGGCUCUCCAAGACAAGGCCAGGGAGGCUAAGGAGAAGGCAGGUCCCACUGCACAAAAGGCGGCUGACAAUGCGAAGGGCAAGUCCAAGGACUAUGCUGCUGCUCUGAAGGGCAAUGUUGACACUGGCACCAAGAAGGCCAAGGACACCCUCUCCGCAGGUGAGGAGUGA